AAACUAAUUAAAAUGGUCCUUCUUGGCGCAAUAGAUCAAGGAACAUCCAGUAGCCGCUUCCUUAUUUUCGAAUCAGAUACUGGACAAUUAUUGGCGAGUCAUCAGAUUGAAGUCCGUCAACAAUUCCCAGAGUCUGGCUAUGUAGAAAUGUGCCCCAAAGAGAUUUUUGAAACAACUGUGGCUUGUAUUGCCGGCGCCUGUGAACAGUUAAAAACAAAACGUGGAAUUGAACCUGAGAAUAUCCGUGCUGUUGGCAUUACAAAUCAAAGAGAGACAACAAUUAUUUGGGAUAGAAAUACCGGAGAACCUUUAUAUAAUGCCAUUGUUUGGUUGGAUAGUAGAACCCACGAUCUAGCCAAAAAAUAUAUCUUAAAAGUUGACGAAUCUUUGAAUGGUACUCCUUCGGCUGCCAAAAGAUCAAAAUUCGACCUCAAAAUGUACGAAAGGGACAGCGUUAUUUCGUGA